UCAGCCUUUGGGUGGGGCGUUCAAGGUGUGUCCGGAUUAUUGACACACCGCCAGCAGCGAGAGAGAAGAGCGAGCGCAAAAGGUGCCAUGGAGGCGUAGGAGAAGCAGCAGGAUUCCUUUCUUCUUCAUGUUCACGGCUCCCAAAUAACCAAUUGAUCGCUUGUACUUUUUCUCUUGUUUUGCGCCGUGAGAAGACUGCUUUCUGCUUGGAGCAAAGUCCAAAUUUGUGCAAAAAGAAAAAAAAAAGAUGGCGAAAGCCGUCAUCUUCAACGUGUGCUUGGCGCUGAUCCUGACCGGAGUCGAGUCUUGCUUUAUCCCGAGUCUCCUCUACGUCCCAGUGCCGCAAAUUAUCCCGGUCGGAUACGAGAUAACAAGAGUUAAUGUGGCGAGCUGUGCGAGCGUCACUUCCAACGACCGUGCAUUCGCAGUUUGGUCCAAUGGCUCGGUGACGGCUACAACCGUCGUCGAAGUGUCGUCCAAAGGCAGAACUUUCUCCGUGUGGGCUCAACACAGCUCCGGGUCGCACAUGCAGAUGGACGUCAACCUCAUUGCCAGCGCCCAAAUGAGCAGACAGCCCAAUGACGUGCUGAAACGGUACAAGAGACGCUGGAGCCCCCCACCCUUCAAUAUAUUGGAGAAUGACCCCGGCCCUUAUCCAAGAGACAUUGAAAGGCUUGUGUCUGACACUGAAGCAGUGCAUCGGGUAUACUACACUCUGACGGGGCCCGGUUAUGACAAGUACCCAGAGGGAGUGUUUAAGUUUGACAGCAAUACUGGAAUGUUGACUGUGCUCAAGGCAGUCGAUCGCGAGGAGUUCCCACAGUUUGCCUUAAUAGCCAGGGUUUUCGACAGAACAACGCGGCAAGAAACCGAUGACCCUCUGGGCGUCUUUGUGACAGUAGACGAUCAGAAUGACAAUGCGCCUCAGUUCCGCGGCCAAAUGCAAUUUACCGUGCCGGAGAAAAGCAAAGCAGGGACUAUUAUGGGGACGGUGAACGCCACCGACAGAGACCAGAAAGGCACCGACCACGUGAAGAUCCGCUAUUCCCUUUUGACCGAAUUGGAUCGAUUUGCCAUCAACCCAACGACGGGUGUCAUUACCACGGCUACAAACACAUUAGACAGAGAGGCUCAAGAAAUGUAUAACGUGAUUGUGCAAAUCAAAGAUAUGGACGGUGCAGCCAACGGUUUGUUCACCACGGGUACGGCGACCAUCACCCUGAGCGAUAUCAACGACAACCCACCGACCUUCACCAAGAAACUGUAUGAAGCCACCGCAAACGAGAAUGAAAUCAACAAACUUAUCCUCCGAAUGCCUGUUGAAGAUAAGGAUUUAAAAAACACCCCCAACUGGAAAUCUAAAUUCAUCAUCACAAAGGGAAAUGAAAAUGGCAAUUUCCGGAUGGAGACGGAACCCACAACAAAUGAGGGGCUUUUGUACAUCGCAAAACCGUUAAAUUUUGAGAAGUCCCAAAAACUGCGGCUGGAAGUCAUGGCCCGCAAUGAAGCUGAACUGACCGGCACCACGGCCAAGUGGGAGAUCGUCCCUGUGGACUUGACGGUCGGCGAUGUUGACGAAGGCCCCGAAUUCACGGCGCCGACUAUUCGCUUCACGGUCAAAGAGAACACGCCAAACGGCACAUUGAUUGGAACUUACAAAGCCAUUGAUCCGGAAACCAAGAGCAGCGACGGCAUCAAGUAUUACAAGAUCAUGGACCCUGCAGCCUGGAUCAAUGUGGACAGGAACACGGGAGAACUGAGGGUGGCAAACACCAUUGAUAGAGAGUCCAACUUUGUCAAGAAUGGAAAUUACAACAUCACCAUGAGAGCUGUCGACGCAACUUCCAAGACUGGGACGGGAACGGUCAUAAUCCAGGUGGAGGAUGUGAAUGACAACGUGCCGAUUAUUGUCCCCCCUGGCGAGAGGGUGAUAUGUGAGAAGGAAGGAGAACUUGGCUCGGUGUUGCUUGUGGCUGAAGAUAUGGACGAGUCGCCCUUUAAAGGCCCCUUCACUUUUAGCCUGCCCGAUAACAUAGACGGCAAAUGGUCCGUGACCAGGUUCAACGACACGGCAGCUACGUUGCGCCAGGUCAAAGACCUUCCCUUGAAGAUCCACAGAGUUCCCGUUGAGGUCAAGGAUCUGCAGGGCAACGGGAAAAUCCAGACAGUCAACAUCAGGAUCUGCCAGUGCAGGAACGGCGCCUGUCUGACCAAGCCUUGGUCGGCCUCGCUCGGCCCGAUGGGCUGGCUGGCGUUACUUCUGCCUCUGCUCCUCCUCCUGCUGCUACUCUUGCUGCUUGCCUGUUUCUGCACGACAAAGCCAGACUUGCAGAUAUUGGAGGAUACAACUGACAGCGGUGGAAUCCUGAUUAAGUCAAACACAGAAGCCCCGGGGGAAGAAGUGGACGCUAGUCUCAUCAAGGUCCCCCUCGCCGACUCUGAAAUCAAGGGCUCAGUGGCCAAUCAGGAUUGGCAAGUGAAGGGCUCCACCAUCGGACGCCAAGACACCACCCUCUACAAGACCGGCUUUGGCAACACCGAAACGGAGUUCUUCAGCGGACAUUACGACAGCCGGUAUGGAGCCCAACAGAUGAACUACGACGCAAACUUUCUCAGCACCUGGCAAACAAAUGGACGCUAUUUGCACCAGAAGCUUACCUAUUUUGGGGGCGAGGAGGACGGGCGGUACGCCGAUGACAUCAUCCACCAGUACGGCUUUGAGGGGGUAGGCUCGGCGGCCGGCUCGGUUGGGUGCUGCAGCGACGACGGCGGCAACAACGAAAACCUCGACUUUCUAAAUACGCUGGGACCCAAGUUCAAAAAUCUCGCCGCCGUUUCCAAAAAGACAUGAACAACAAAGCCGAAGAAUCUCAGUGUUUUGCUUUUAUCGGAUGCAGCGCGCCCCCUCCCACCCACGUGACGCCUGAACACGAAGAAUGAAAGAAAGCCGAGUCAUGUGUAUGUCUCUUUUGCUGGAUUUUUUUUUAAAACCUCUGCUGCCUUGUUUUGAGUCACAGGCACUGAUAACCUCGCUGACACUGUCAUUUGUACAUAACUGUUGCGUUGCGCUUUUUGCAAUCUUGGUUUUGCAGGUCGUUAGUAGCUAAUGCAUUGAUGUGUAGUGACAGGCUUUGGGUAUUUUUGUUCUUUUUUUUGGUGAUAAUUUAGUAACAAGUUCAGGUAUUUUGGGUUGUACUAAUUCGACUUGUUCAUAGUAAAUGACGUGCAAAGUGGGGUUGGUUAUUUGUUGAAAUGGUUCCCCAGUUUGUUUUGUUUUUAUAGAGUUUUGAUAUUUUUCUAUGAUGAAAUAAUAUGAACUAAGAUACAGUUGCCGAAGAGACAUUGAACUGCGGACUUUAAAGUAGGGUUGGGCAUGAUAAGAAUUUCAUUGCUGAUUAAUCGCGUCUGGAGGCAACUGAGCAGCUGGCGCACACGAGUUGGCUGCGACCACUCCCACCGUUGCCGUCUGAAGAAGUUCAACACGAUGUCAGCCAUGAGACGUUGCGCUGUGACCGCUAGCAAAUAUCAAGUCCAGAACUGUGUUUUAUCACGCAAUCAAAUCAUGUUAAAAAAAUUAAAGAAUGAAUUCAUUGAACAAAGAAACACAUUGAAAUGCCCGUCCCCACUUUAAAUUCAUUUUGUGACUCGUCUGCUUCGAAACUAUACGAGAGCUGUGCAAACGCAUUCCAGCAGCGUCGGUUGCGAUCGUCAAACGCGGGAGCGGGUGUGGCUGCAGUAGCAGCCGCCGCCAGCGGUUAUUGCGACAUUCUGCCAAACCUGUGAAAGUCUGCACAAGGGCGUCAACUCGGCGACCAACGUCUGACUGACACAAGACUGACAACGGCGACGCAGAAGUCGAGUCGACGGGAAAUCUGGCAUUUCCGCGUUUUGCAUUUGCUCGCUAACUGGCGAUGAACAUUCUAAUCAUCUCGUGAAGAAUACGUAAAGGUAGAUUUGGCUUAAUUUAUUGAACAUUUGACUUCAACAGGCCGAAUGUCUUUUCACUGUAACAUCUGUAUUGUGUGCGACUGUAAUAUAAUAAAAGGCUAUCUUGUA